GCAGAGAAAAGGAGAGGACAGAUCAAAAGAACUGUGACACAGACUUUCUUAUAAUACUCCAUCAACUCUCUCGGCGUGGAAGCAGCAGUUGAAACAGAGCCUCUCACCCCAUGUGGACCACUGAAUGUGCCAGAGGAUAAAAGACUGAUCCUCCAGCUGACUUCCAGUACGUAUAGCCCUAAGUGUUGUGGCCAGGGUCAGUGGUUACCAUGACGACUGAAGAGACACCGAAUGGAGUGCGGCAAAGAAACAUCAAGACCCGUACAUCAGAUGAGAUCUCCAGUCACGCUGGGAGUCAUAGUAAUGCACAGGAAGAAGAUCAGAGACAGUGGCAGAAACAUGCACAGAGAGCGAAGGAGAAAAUCAUGGAGCAGGUCCAGGAUCAGCUCAGUGAUAUUCUUGACAAAACUCUGACUUUCACUGAAUUCCAGCCAACAGUUAAUGGAAAGGCGACAAAAAAAUCUAGAUCUCACAAGAUGGAUGAUGGCAAAGUGUUUAUGGACAGGGCAUCACUGCUGGAUGAACUGUUUGAGAUCAGCCACAUCAGGACCAUCUACCACAUGUUCAUCGCCGUGCUCCUCAUCUUCUGCCUGAGCACGCUAGCUGUCGACUUCAUUGACCAGGGCAGGUUGGUCCUGGAGUUUGACCUGUUCUUCUACGCCUUUGGGAAACUGGGGACUGUCACCUUGGUGUGGAUGCUUAUGUUUUCUUACACUCUGCUGGUUCCCUACUACACUGUGAUGUCUUGGGGGUCAAUGUAUCACAUUGUCCCUUCCAAGUUGGGGUUGUCCCUGGGGACAGGUCUAUUGCUCUCUGCCAUACAGACCUGUGUGCUGGGAUUUUUCCCCAUCUACGCGGUCAUACACUACCAACUGCCACCAGCUUCACGGUUUAUUGUUAUAUUGGAGCAGAUUCGAUUCCUGAUGAAGAGCUACUCAUUCAUGAGAGAAACUGCCCCUGUUAUUAUGAAGAAUAAGCCAACGGAAGGAGAGAAUCCCACAUUCCCUACACUUUCCAGUUAUCUCUACUUCCUUUUCUGUCCAACUCUCAUCUACAGAGAAUCAUAUCCCCGGAAUAGCCACAUAAGAUGGAAUUAUGUUGGCGUUACUCUUGGCAUGAUCUUGGGAUGCUUAUUUUACGGCUACUUCAUCCUGGUGCGACUUUGUGUGCCUGUCUUCAAAAAUGAGACCAACCAGCCUUUUAGUAAACGGACAUUUGUUCUGGCUGUGUUCAACUCAAUACUACCAGGUAUAAUGCUCCUUCUGUUGUGUUUCUUUGCCUUCCUGCACUGCUGGCUGAACCUCUUUGGGGAGCUGCUGCGUUUUGCUGACAGAAUGUUCUACAAGGACUGGUGGAACUCAACAUCUUUUGCCAACUAUUAUCGUACCUGGAAUGUUGUGGUUCACGACUGGCUUUAUUACUACGGAUAUAGAGACUUCCUCUGGCUGUCGAAAAGGAAAUUCCGAACAGCUGCCAUGCUUUCCGUGUUCAUCGUCUCUGCUGUCGUCCACGAGUACGCCUUGGCCAUGGGCUUCGGCUUCUUCUAUCCUGUCAUGUUUUUCCUCUUUGCAGUCAUUGGAGUGGUGUUCAACUUUACCAUGAAUGACAAACGGCAAAGCCCUGUCUUCAAUGUCAUCAUGUGGGCGUGUCUCUUCCUCGGUCAGGGCGUCCAGGUGUGUCUGUACUGCCAGGAGUGGUACGCACAGAUACACUGUCCUCGUACAGGGAAUAGUUUCUGGGAGCUGGUGAUACCUCGCUCCUGGUCCUGCAGCAUCCAGAGAUAAAGCUGCUGGCAGCUGAUUUUUUUUCCUGAGCUGGAGGGAUGAAUGAAGAAAGGAUGGAAGAAUGCAAAGAAAUUGAGUCAUGAUGAGCUAAAUGUGAUGGGUAUGACACCAUGAAUCACAUAUAUAUAUAUAUGAUAUUUUUCUAUUUUCAGUGUGUAAAGAAACUGUGGGUCAAGAUGUGACUGUCACUUUUACCUUUAUGUUGUUAUUUAGGUGUGGCGUUACUUUUGAUCGCCACUGGAUUAUUCCAAUUUAUCAUUGCACUAAUAGUGUUGACCAGUGUUUUUAUUAUGAAGUGCUUAUAGAAUAUGAUUCUGUAAGCAAACAGUUUUACAUUAAUUAAUAGGUAGACCUUUUAUUGAAAAUCAAAAGUGUCAAAAUCUGUCAUUUUUGUGUGUAUGGAUUAAACAAAUAUGAGAUAUUUGUCAAUUAGCCAGCUUUAGAGGCAAUGAUAUGCAAAUUCUUCACCUUUAAAGACAGUAUAUCUAACUGUUUCCCUCUGCCUCCAGACUUUAUGCUAAGCUAGGCUAAUUGCCUAAGAGCUCAAUCUCCAAGUCAUAUACAAAACAAUGUGCAGGGGGCAAAAUAUGUAUAUAUUUUUUACAAGCAGUAAGUAAUCUUAAUUUCUUUACCUCCUUGAAUGUAAUUCUUUAUAUUAUUAAAUAUAUUUAACGUUC